GCGACUGCUUUAACCUGACGGACGGUGGCACCUCAGAGAUGAUUUGCGCUGCAGGCUUCGGAGGUGUGGGCGCGCCAACUGAGACGUUCCUGCUCAUGAACCCCACGCAGUUCGCGUACCCCGCUGGCUCACCGCUCACAUACCUGGGACCGGCCUCGACGACGACUUCCGUUAUCAUGCAUGACGACCCGCACGUGUGUUCCUUGAGCGGCGAGUGCUACGACAUUCGGCUGCCCUCCAAGUACGCCCUGCUCCGCGUGCCUUCCGACGAGCAGAUUCCGCCCGCGUUCGCGAUGAGUGCUGACUUGGAUACCGACGGCGUGCGGCCGUGCGGAUUGUUUGUCAAGCGCAUUACGAUGAGUGGUUCGUGGCUCAACCAUCAAGUUGUGCGGGUCCGCCCCCACACGCGCGAUGAAGGCGGUUCCAAUUUUGCGGGGGGCGAGGUGCUGACGAAUUUUUCGCUGCAGGUGGGUAAUUCCUCCUGGAUGUCCUUUACCCGCGGGGACUCUCUCCGGCAAGUAGCACUGGUCGGCCAGUUGGUAGUUCGUUUCGUGUGGAGGGAGCACUACGGUCAGCACAUGGAAGCACAAAGCCUGGAGUUCUCCGUGGGUGGAGUGAGCCACUCUGCGGUGCUCACCGUCUCGCAGGCGUCGCAUCAGGCCCUCAAUCUGGAGAUGUCGGGCAUGGGCCGCCUGGGUUACUCGAGGAUGGGGGGGGUGCUCGGCACCGACGGGCACUCGGACUCGAUAGAGCAGCCCACCCUCGAGUGCAGGCAGAUGGCAGCGUCCUACCAGCACGACAUCAGCCAGAGGCAGCAGGUGGACGGGCCGUCGGUGCUGGAGGUUGCGUCCACGCUGAAGGUCUCGUGGGAGUGA